CCUGACUAUAUGUUCUGUCUGGAAGGUCAUCAUUGUCAAAUUCUCAGGCUAUUCACCCACCACCUAUGCCAACAUCCCUUCUUCCCAACACCUUCUGGCUCAUCCCAGACCAAGGAAGAAAUCCACUGUGCCUCUGUACAUCAAAUGUAUACAUUCUGCCAUGAGUGUGGCCUCACAGAAGUAUGGGCUUAUCUAUGGAGUUCUUGGUACUCUUGCUGGGAUCUUUGGUGUAAG